AUGGUGGGGUUUUGCACAUGCGCGAGCUGUUGAUGGCUGAUGGAGAGAAGAUGCCCACUGCCUCCGUCCCCGUGUAGCGCCGGAGAGCUCCAGCCGCUGCUGUUUGGCGCAGAUUGCGCAGACUGCCGUCUUUCUGCACAGCUGCGUGUCGCAGUCCGACACACGAAGCCCGAUGUCCGUGGCUAACGCGAAACACAAGGUCCAGAAUCCGGUGAUCCCCUACACUGGACCCAUACCUGGUGGCCUGCACCCUGGGGAGAUCAUCAUCAUUCAAGGCACCGUCCCCCCAGAUGCGGACAGGUUUCAGAUCGACCUGUCGAGCGGCUGCAGCACCAAACCGCGCUCCGACGUCGCCCUCCACUUCAGCCCUCGCUUCAAAGCUUCUCCCUGCGUGGUGUGCAACUCCCUGCUGCAGGAGAUCUGGGGCAAAGAGGAGACGCUCCACCAGCUGCCCUACAAGCGCGGUGCCCCCUUUGAGACAAUCAUCCUGGUGCACGAAGACGUCUUCAAGGUGGCAGUAAAUGGAACUCACCUGCUGGAAUACAAGCACAGAAUUCCUCUGAACAGGGUCGACACGUUUUCUAUUUCUGGGAAAGUCAGGGUGCACGCUAUUGGCUACAUCCCAAACUCAGCAAUAUAUUCAGAAUCAGGUGACUUGAGCCUUCCUUACAAGGGCAGUAUUCUCAAAGGCCUGAGCCCAGGACAGCACAUCACAAUAAAAGGGCAGGUCAGCAUGUAUCCUCACAGUUUUACAGUGAACCUCCGGAACAGCAGGACGGAAAACAUCGCUCUCCAUCUGAACCCCCGCAUGAAGUCCGGGGUGUUCAUCAGGAACUCCUACCUGUGCGAAUCCUGGGGUCAGGAGGAGCGGGAGCUGCCCUUCUUUCCCUUCUCCUCAGGAGAGUACUUUGAGAUUCUUCUCCUCUGUCAGCCCCAUCAGUUCAAGCUGGCGGUGAACGGCUCGCACUUGUUUGAGUUCAGGCAUCGGGUGCAGGACCUGAGCAGCAUCGACCAGCUGGAGAUCAUGGGGGACCUGGAGCUCACCGACGUCAAGCUGUGGUGACUGCGACGUAAACAGUCGCUGACACGCAUGUGUUUUGCUUAUCGGUGCUAAAUUAGCUUAGCCACAGCGACCCAGGUGAUGGAUGGGUGGUGCUGCAGCCACAGUCGGUCGGUGGUUCUAAGCUAGUCUGGCACGGAGGCCGUGGACGGGUCCCAGAAUAAAUGGUUUCCGGCUCUGACUGGAUGAUGCAUGAGAGUAAGCCAUGCUGGAGCUACUGUGACUGUUUACAGCUACAAGUUUGGUGUCCCUGGAACAUUUCUUCUCUUGUCUCUAGUGCAUCUUUGCUGUGAUCCAGCCUGUAACUAAACCCGGAAAUAAAUGUGAAUGUUCACUCAAGGACUCGCUUUGCUUACACAUUAAUCAUAGGAGGACUCCAUUCUUCUAACAUGAAGAAAUCCAGGAAGUUCACUUUUACUGCAUAAUUUAUAGAGGUCACGUUUUUCAGUUGCAGUUUUUUAUUUACCAUUUUAAAAUAUCAUUUGUAACUAAUGGUAAAUGGACUAGUUCUUAUAUAGCGCUUUUCUACUCAGUCAGAGCACUCAAAGCGCUUAUACAACACGUUUUACAUUCACCCAUGCAUA